AUGCUCCUCAAACUCCCCUCGGAUAUAAUCUCCCACAUAUCCACCUACUUACCCCAGGAAGAUAAGCUUCUGUUGGCUAAAACAUGCCUGGAGCUCUACGAAACGCUCCAUGCGCUGAUGUACGAAGUGGUGGUGUUGGACUCGUCCAAGGUUCAUUUGAACGAGCUCCAGGGCUUUGUUAACCGUCAUAAGUGGUUCCAGGAAUAUAACUUUUCAUGCUACCCUACGGUGAUUCGGUCAUUGUAUGCGUUGACGAGGUUUUUGAAGAACCUCUCGAGGAAUCGUCAUUUUUGUCGCCAUAUCAAGUGUCUAGUGGCGCUGGAACAUAUUCCAGAUAUGCCUCAUCUCGAGUUGGUCGGGUACCUCAAGGGUAUAUUUCCUCGGUUGGUGAACUUGACGUCUUUCCAGUGGUACUCUGUGCACCAGCCUUUGGACGCCGAUUUGGUGUCUUCGUUGCCUAACAGCAUCAAGAAGGUGUGUGGGAAUUUACAGUUUUCACUGACGUUCUCUACGUUUAAUGUUCCAGAGUCAGUGGAGCUUUUGGAUAUAUCCAACUUUGGCUGCGAAAAGAACUUAUAUAACCUUUCUGGGUUCCCAGAGAACUUGACGUCGCUCACGGUGCUGAAGCUGGUUUCUUCAAGCAGCCGUAUGUUCACGUCGUCGCUUUCGCCUUGCUGUUCAGCGGUCUUGUCCAAUACCCAGGAAGCAGUCUACCAUAUGGAUGCUCCCACAUAUACAUCGUCGCUCUUCAAUUCUUCUUCGUUGGAUUCGCCCAUCAAGCUUGAGAAUUUGAAGCUCAAGGACAUUUCUGUGUCUGUGUGUGACGCCCAUAUCUUGAAGAACUAUGUGGAUUUGGGUUCCCUCAAGAGCUUCGCUUUAGAAGAUUGCACCGAGAUCUUAUUCGACCAUGUCUUGCCCCAUAAUUACAUUUCCUUGACGUCUUCCGCAUACAUUCGCCGUAACGCCCCGGCCGAGCUCUUCUUGGACCUUCUCGUGCCAGAGCUUACGUCCUUGAAGCUGCUUCAUAUCAGCAUGACUAACGAGCUAUACUAUAACAACUGCAUUAUAGCAUUCAUUGCUUCUCUCUCUGGCUUGGAACAUAUCAGUAUCCACUUGAAGUACCUUUUCAGGCCCAACGAGCCUGUGGACUUGGAUACGCUCUUUGAAGCUCUCGAACAGCAUGCUCCUACGUUGAAAUACUUGGAUGUGUGCUUUAAUACCAUCGAGAAUAACGUUUCGCCAGGCCAGAAAAAGAGACAAUGUUCGCUUUCUGAUAAAUCCUUCUCGAGACUUGCCAAGUUCUCCAAGCUCGAGUACUUGAAGAUUCCUGUUUUCAAAGACCAGACGAGUCUUCUCCGUGACAGUUUGCUGUCUUUGGAGCAUAUAAAGAUAGUCCAGGUGGGCAUCACCGACCUGGGAUGCUCCAAAACAGCCAACCACGGUGACACGCUUAUUUACGCCCUCUAUAACACGAACUGCCUAAUUUCCCAGGACUACUUCAGCUCGCCAAACUCCUUCACCAGUCUGAUAGAAGACGAGAGAAAGAACGAGUACCUUCGGCUAACUGAAGUGUUCAAGCAGUCGCUCCCCAGAUUGAAAUUCAUCCGUUACGAUUUAAAAAACCAGUCGCUUGUCUACGACUGUGCUGGUACUGUUACUGCUGCCGAGGAUGGCGCAGUGGAAAACUUCGAUACGCUAGUAUCAUCAGUUAUUGGUUACUAA